UUUUAGAAAUAAGAAAUGGCGCUGCGGAUUGAUAUAUUAUUACUGGGGUCAAGGUCGCAUUGUCUGGGAAGGUCACCACAUGGCAAAAUGACAGGGAGAAGUAUUCCAAGUGAUUUUGUCAAGAAUGUGUUGCAGAAUGGCAUUGGACGAUAUGUUUGUCAACUGCAAAGAUUGACCGUAUCGUUUUGCAAGUCUCACGGCGACAGUAGAGGCGCAAGAGAUUUUGUGGAAAAUCACAUGUUAGACUUCACUAAAAAGAACCCAGGAACAGUUGUGUAUCUUAAGCCAAGGCGCCAUAGAAACCCAAGACUAGUAGCUGAAUACUUGAAUGGGAGGACGGAAACACUCAACAUCCGCAACAUGCCUCAAGACGAGAUCUGUAAGUGGGUGGAACAUUUCAGAACAAGGUCAGGUGUGCAGGUUGUCCGACUGCGAAAACAGUGGCACACAGAGACGCCUUCAAUUCAGGGUGUGUGGUCGCCUUUCACAAACAGAGACUCAGAGUUGAAUGUGACCGAGUUUCCUGAUGCAGAACUGUCAAAGGCCAUCAGUGCACCCACAGCCACGGACAGAGUUCUUGCGAUGGCGAGAGAGAUAGGUGUUAAGAAACAUGAGCCUUUAAGUGAAAAGGAAUAGAAGAAAUUUGUGCAAGUUGUGUGUAUGGCAUAGUGUGAAUGUGUUCAGUCAAUAAAUCAAAUUCUUAUAAA